UUGACUACUUGUUUCAGCUAUGACAAACGACUGAACAAAGCGCAACACUGGAUAGAAACAAAAUACUUCGAUAAACGUGCCCACUUUUUCACGGCCAGUGAACCAGCAACUUUGAAUAUAAAGCAAGUUGAGGAAAAGGACGACGGAGAGUAUUUGUGUCGAGUGGAUUUCGUAGCCAGCCCGACGAGAAACUCGAAAAUACAUCUUACGGUAGUCAUUCCGCCUCACAAACCUAAUAUUAUCGAUGAGCACGGCAAGACUGUGUCAGCUAUCGCUGGAACUUACAGAGAAGGCGGUGACAUGCGACUUACUUGUCUCGUCUCUGGAGGUCGACCGUCACCUACCGUUAGAUGGUGGAAGGGUGAAAUGCUUCUUGAGUCUAAGGAUGAACCCGGAGAAUUCCCAGCUUUAAGGAGAAACACUCUGGUCGUGACAAGUCUGACAAGAGCUGACUUGCAUGCUAUUUUCACUUGCCAAGCUUCUAACAACAACAUUAGCCAGCCUGUCUCAGCUUCCGUUGCCAUAGAAAUGUACCUACGACCAUUAAGUGUAUCAAUUCUUAGCAGCGAACAUGCACCUCUAAGUGCAGACCGCAAGUACGAAAUAAACUGCAUGACCGUCGGCUCAAGACCACCAGCCAACCUGUCCUGGUACAUGGAGGGCAAGCUGCUGAAGAACUCCACUCAAAAGGUAUCAGAAAAUGGAAAUAUGACAACUUCAACUUUAUCAUUUCAACCGACACGGGAUGAUCACGAUAAGAGUAUAACAUGUAGAGCUGAAAAUCCAAAAGUCGAGGGUGGCUUCGAAGAGGACACUUGGAAACUAAAUGUAUUUUUCAUACCGAUAAUUCGACUAGAGCUGGGUUCUAAAAUGAAUCCCGACGACAUCGAGGAGGGCGAUGACGUAUAUUUUGAAUGCAAAGUACGAGCUAAUCCAGAAGCCUACAAAGUCGUGUGGAAACAUAAUGGAGUGGAGAUUCAUAAUAAUGCUAAAAAAGGUGUUAUCGUACAACAUUAUAGCUUGGCGCUAAGAAAAGUAAAUCGUUUUCAAGCGGGUAAUUACAAGUGUGUCGCUUCAAACGUCGAGGGUGAUGGCUACAGCGAUACCGUCGAGCUUAAAAUAAUGUAUAAACCAAUCUGCAUACCAGAUCAGAAACGAAUCUACGGUGUGGCACGACUCGAAGAGGCGAAGGUUGCCUGCCGAGUGGAAGCUUACCCGCCACCAAACAACUUUCGUUGGGCAUUCAACAACACCGAGGAAAUGGUAGAUGUGCCGCAGGCACGUUACAGGAAUUCAACCCGUCAUACACAGAGUGUGCUCACAUACAAGCCCGUCACUGAAAUGGACUAUGGUACGGUGUUGUGUUGGGCAAGCAAUACAGCGGGCCAGCAGAUGAACGCCUGCAUAUUUCACAUUAUACCGGCAGAGUGUUCUGCGGGUUUCGACGGUGGCCAGCCCCAGAAUUUUCUCCUGGAGGUCUACGAUCAACAUACGGGUAUGCUCCAAGCCAACAUUACUAGUCGGGAGAACGCAUCCUUCACUGUUCUAAACUUAGAACCGGACAAGGUGCUUAUGAUGAAGCUAUAUGCCUACAACUCUAAAGGUCGAAGUGAAGCCAUUAAACUCGAAGGGUUUACUUUAAAAAUUGCUGAAAAGCAGACUGAUGAUCCUGUUUACACGAGGGGUAAUUGCACGAGAGUAGUGCGCGUUUUGUCCUCAGGUACCCAGGUGCCGUUCGAGAUAACACCGCUACUCGGUGUGCUUAUUGGGCUUGUAGCAGCGCUGCUGAUUAUCACAAUUGUCAUUCUGGGUGCAUUGAAAGUUCGCAGUGACAGGCGAGCUCACAGACCCGAUUCAGAUUACCAAUUAACUGGCUCAACAGCUGGUACUCCAUUAGCUGCUCAACCAACUUCCGAUGAAAUUUCUACCACUUCACUGCCUAUACAACAGACGAAUCAUCUUCAGACUCUUAAUACUUAUUCACAUAACGAUUAUACCAAUUAUCCGACUUUGCCGCUAACAGGGGAAGUUACAUAUGCCGAAUUGUGUCUAGCCCGACCAACGACCCUAUCAACAACGGUGGAAUCAAAACUCACGUGUUUGAGCGGCAGCCUGUCGGGCAUCGGCGGAUUCGGUGGGAGUAACGGCGGCAGCGGAGUCGGGAGCGGCGGAGGAGUGCUAGUCGGGGGUAAACCUUACAUAAAAGAAGCCACCGUAUAUGCGUGUAUAGACCACAACGCGCGACCCCCGAAAAUAGACCAAAUUUGUCAGCCAAACAAAAUAAAUCAAAUCAGCAGUCCUCUGCUGCAAGACUCCAAUAGUAGUAUCGCGACAAUAGGCACCAAGCAGCACCAUCAUCCCCGUGAAGUCGUUACCGUACGCACACCACUGAUCUCUACUCAAGAGAGCUGCGUAUAGGGGCGCGAAUCCGACGCGCUCGACAUAAACGAGUAUUACGUCUAAUCGUAGCGACGUCGAUGUAA